CCUUCUCUCUCUCCUUGUGUUAUUGCUCUUCCUUUUUUUCUCUUUCUGUUAUUCUCUCUCUUUCCCCUCUGCUCUUUACCUUUAAUUUCUAUGAUUUAAAGCUAUAUACAUACAUAUAUAUAUAUCUGCAAGGAAAAGCCCAGUUUCUUUCCUGUUUAGCUAAUGUCAGAAGACAUGAAUCUAUCAAUAAAUGGGCAGUCUCAGGUCCCUCCUGGUUUUAGAUUUCAUCCCACAGAGGAAGAGCUCCUUCACUAUUAUCUUAGAAAAAAAGUGGCUUACGAAAAGAUUGACCUUGAUGUUAUCCAGGAAGUUGAUCUCAACAAGCUUGAGCCUUGGGAUAUUCAAGAAAAGUGUAGGAUAGGAUCCACUCCACAAAAUGAUUGGUAUUUCUUCAGCCACAAGGAUAAGAAAUACCCGACCGGGACUCGAACCAAUCGUGCUACCGCUGCCGGAUUCUGGAAAGCAACCGGCCGUGAUAAGAUUAUAUAUAGUGGAUUUAGGAGAAUUGGGCUGAGGAAAACAUUGGUGUUUUAUAAAGGCAGAGCUCCACAUGGUCAAAAAUCUGAUUGGAUUAUGCAUGAGUAUAGACUUGAUGAUAACACUACCACCCAUGACUCUAAUGGUUCGAACCCCAUCGGAGAUUCGGUGACGGAAGAUGGGUGGGUGGUUUGCCGUGUGUUCAGAAAGAAGAAUUAUCUGAAAACCCUAGAGAGUCCUAAAAGUAAUUCGUCCUCCACCGGUCAUGAUUUAAAGACACACAUGCUUAGCUCAGGAGGCAACGAUGGUGUCUUGGAUCAAAUCCUUCAUUACAUGGGAAGGACUUGUAAGAUGGAGAGUGAUUCAUUGAACAACAUCAACAACAUGCCCAUCCCCAACAACAAUCCGAGGAUGCUUGUUGGAAACAACGCAGGAAUCAACGAUGGGUUCCAUGACCAUGAAAGGUUCAUGCAUCUCCCUAGGCUUGAAAGCCCAACUCUCCCUUCGCUUUGUUACCAAUCCAUCGAAGACAUGCUGACCGAAACCGAACACCAAGGUGGAGGUUGUGGCGGUGGUGGUAAUAAUGAGACCAAAAAUGGGGUAAAUGACUGGGUCACACUGGACCAACUGGUGGCAUCCCAGCUAAGUGGUCAAGUAGAGACAAGCAAGCAACUAUCAUGUUUUAGUGACCCUAAUGCGGUUUUUAGUCUUUGUCACGAUGAUGGUAUUCAAUUAUCGCAUUUAAACUUACAGAGAUCAAAUCAAAGCUCACAGGUCUACAGCAACAACGACAAUGAUCUAUGGAGCUUGACCAGGUCAUCGUCUUCACCGUCUUCAUCUGAUCCCUUAUGCCAUCUGUCGGUAUAAUACAAGUACAUGUCAUUGUCAAAAACAAGCCUUUUGUUUCAUUGCUCAAGUACUCCCUUUAAUUAGGUAUAUGUUGACACAUUAUAUAUAUAUAUACACACACAUAUGUAUUUUGCAUUAAUAAGUAUGAAAUAUGAGAUGGGAUGGCAUUGUCAAAGUCAUUACACUUUACUUAAUAACGAUGCCAUCGAUUUAAUCAUCUUAGGGAAAGGUUGUUUAUAUAUAUAUAUAUAUAUAUAUAUAUAUAACUAUCUUGAAAAGCUUUGAUUGAUCAUAGCAAAGUGCUGACUUUUAGGGUAUGGAAUCUGGGGGUCAUGUGUCUAAUGGGGUCUCACACACACAAACAAAUAAUGAUAAUCCAUUUGGUUGGAUAUCACAUGGAAAAGUGGUGAAUGAUAUAUAUCGUUGAUUUGUAAAUUAAAAACAAAAAAUAAAAUAAAAAUCAACAAAUCUUUGAA